CACAAUUUGAAACUUUGAUGUUAAAAAAAAAACUGAUCGAAUAUAGUAUAUUUUCAAAAAAAUAUUGGCUCCUUAAUAAAUAUAUCUACUUUUAACUUAACUGUUACAUAGUGGUGUAGUUCAAUUCUCAAGUCACCGACUUCAUUGCUCAAACAAGGUUUUGUCACGCAAACUUUGAACUUGACAGGAAAUGGGUCGUGGAGUUAGUUGCGGUGGCGGUCAGAGUUCCUUGGGAUAUCUCUUCGGCACCGGAGAGACUACCAACAAUGUUCAACGUGCAAAUACUCAAGGUGAACCCUUAAAUGGCGGGCGUACACAAAAUGCUAGCGUUGCUUCACCAGCCAGUGUUGCUUCACCAGCUAGUGUUGCUUCACCAGCUGCUGUUGCUUCACCGGCUAAGGUUGCUUCACCUGCUAGGGUUGCUUCACCACCAAUUGAUAAGGAAACUCCAGCUGGAAUUCCUGGGUGUCUCAAGAACAAUUACCAUCGCGCCGAUGGGCAAAACUGUGGCAACUUCCUCACUGAUCGACCAUCUACCAAAGUUCACGCCGCGCCUGGUGGUGGAUCUUCCUUAGGUUAUCUCUUUGGCGGUCCUCCUGGUAGUAACUAAUUCAUCAGUGUGACUGUAAAAAAGGCUUCUCAUUCAAAUCUACCAUGUGUAAAGUAGAUGGUAUUGUCGCAUUGUGUUUAGACCAUUGGAGUUGUUUCUUGUGCAAGUUGAACCCUUGACAGUGUUGUAAUGGCGUAAUGGAACUAAGCUGAUUCAUUGGCCUAUUGUUCUGUGCAAUUGUUCUUUUAUCUUUCUUGUGCAAGUGAAUCCUUGACAGUGUUGGAAUGGCUUAAGGAACUAAGCUGAUUCAUGGUUUCUGUUAAUGAAUUUGCAUUGUAUGUAUGAGCUUUAGUGGCUCAGAAUUAUUCUUUUAUAAUUAUUUGUGUGUUUAAUAUCAUAAUGUUGUUGGUAAAAAGAAAUGUUAAUGUUGACUCAGUUUCAGUAAUUUAUCAUUUACCAAAUUUUAUGUUCUUCAA